UCAUCUGUUCUGUGUGUGAGAAAGGAUUCAGUUGGUCUUCCCAACUUGUGGACACACCAGUCAGUUCACACCACACUGGGCAGAGGCUGGUCAUCUGCUGAAUUUCUGGGAAAGGAUUCACUCAGUCAUUUGACCUAAUGGCUCACCAGCGAGUUCACACCAGGGAGCGGCCGUUCACCUGCUCAGUCUGUGAUAAGAGAUUCACUCACUCUUCCACCCUAUGGAAACACCAGCGCGUUCAUACUGGGGAGAAGCCAUACAUCUGCUCAGUCUGUGGGAAGAGAUUCACUGAGUCAUCCACCCUACUGGUACAUCAGCGAGUUCACACUGGGGAGAAGCCGUUCACCUGCUCUGUCUGUGGGAAGGGAUUUACUCGGUUAUCCCACCUACAGAGUCACGAGCGAGUUCACACUGGGGAGAGGCCUUUCACCUGCUCAAAAUGUGGAAAAGGAUUCACUGAUCCAUCCAACCUACAGAGACAUCAACGAGUUCACACUGGGGAGAAGCCAUUCACCUGCUCAGAAUGUGGGAAAGAAUUCACUGAGUUAUCCAACCUGCAGAGUCACCAGCGAGUUCACACUGGGGAGAAGCUGUUCACCUGCUCAGAGUGUGGGAAAGGAUUCACUGAUUCAUCCACCCUACAGAGUCAUCAGCGAGUUCACACUGGAGAGAAGCCGUUCACCUGCUCAGAAUGUGGGAAAGGGUUCACUCAUUUAUCCAACCUACGGAGACACCAGAGAGUUCACACUGGGGAGAAGCCAUUUACCUGCUCAGAAUGUGGUAAAGGAUUCAGUGAAUCAUCCACCCUACUGGUACAUCAGCGAGUUCACACUGGGGAGAAGCCGUUCACCUGCUCAGAAUGUGGGAAAGGAUUUACUGCUUCAUCUGCCCUGCAUAGUCACCAGCGAGUUCACACUGGGGAGAAGCCUUUCACCUGCUCAGUCUGUGGGAAAGGAUUCACUCGGUCAUCCAACCUACAGAGUCAUCAGCAAGUUCACACUGGAGAGAAGCCAUUCACCUGCUCAGUCUGUGGGAAGAGAUUCUCUCAUUCAUCCACCCUACAGAAUCAUCAGCGAGUUCACACUGGGGAGAAGCCAUUCACCUGCUCAGUCUGUGGGAAGAGAUUCACUCAGUCAUCCCAAGUACAGAGUCAUCUGCGAGUUCACACUGGGGAGAAGCCGUUCACCUGUUCAGAAUGUGGGAAGGGAUUUACUCAGUUAUCCCAACUACUGAGUCAUCAGCGAGUUCACACUGGGGAGAAGCCGUUCACCUGCUCAGUCUGUGGGAAGGGAUUCACUGAUCCAUCCAACCUACAGAGUCAUCAGCGAGUUCACACUGGGGAGAAGCCAUUCACCUGUUCAGAAUGUGGGAAGGGAUUUGCACAGUCAUCCCAACUACUGAGUCAUCAGCGAGUUCAUACUGAUGAGAGACCAUUCCCCUGCUCAGUCUGUGGAAAGAGAUUCACACAUUCAUCCACCCUACAGAGACACCAGCGAGUUCACACUGGGGAGAAGCCAUUCACCUGCUCAGUCUGUGGGAAGAGAUUCACUCGGUCAUCUGACCUACAGAGUCAUCAUCGAAUUCACACUGGGAAGAAGCCGUUCACUUGCUCAGAAUGUGGGAAGAGAUUCACUCAUUCAUCCACCCUACAGAAUCACCAGCGAGUUCACACUGGGGAGAGGGCAUUCCCCUGCUCAGUAUGUGGGAAGAGAUUCACUCGCUCUUCCACCCUGCAGAGACAUCAGCAAGUUCAUAAUGGGGAGUGGCCAUUGUUAUGAAUCCCUAGGUUUCAUUUGCUGUGGACUGUCAUUUGAAGAGAGAGACAGAGAUUAAGAAGGUGAAUCAGUCUGACUUACAGCUUAUUUACAUCGCUCGCAGCUUGUUUAGUUUUAACCGAUGACACAGACACUCAGAGUCAGAAGGAGGAAAAACGGAAGGAUCAAAAUCCAGGAACCAGCGGCCAAGGGUCUGAUGCGCCAUCAAUAACUCUCGGAGACCUGAGGCGAGAUAUGGGCUUUUAUUAGCUGAAAAAUUGAACACUCUCAGCAGCAGAACAGCAAGAGAUCAAGGAGCCGUGCCUCCAAUCUCCUUUAUACAGGGGUCUGUGGGAGGACAUAGGAGCAGUCAGCAAGGGGGGGGGGCGUGUCCAGUCAGGUAUAUGUAGUUCACCACAGGGUCGCUCUUUAGAACUUUCCUAUGCCCACAAUGGUAGGUUAAUUAUCAAUUCACCAUACUUCGAAUGUGUGGUUGUGACCCUGUUUGAUCCAUAUCAGUGGAUCUGUUUUGAGGUAUCCUGUGAAGACCACUGACGUCUUAACCCUUGCCUAGAUGUGGUGUGGUAAUUCAUUUGAAGACAAUACCCCUUGUGACAAGUCACUUUCGGUAAUAAUUCAUAUGUGGAUUUGGAAUGAUGACAGAUAAAGUAUACAGCAACUGUCCUCUCAUUUUACCACCAUGGAACCUGUGGAAUUUGACAUA